CACCAAGAGCCGCACACGAAAAAGAAAUGCCCGAUACCCUGCCGCGAUCCUAAGCCCCCAUGAGUGAGCCGUGAAGGGGUGUUGGUUGCGUCUGCCGAAAUCCCGGCGUUUCGUUUUUGAAAGGUGUCGCUGGACGUAACGUGGGAUUUGAGAUCUCCACUUUGACGGGAUCCUGCGGUGAGGGACCCCUAGUCUAGGUAGCGGACGAGGGUCUUUAACAGCUAGCCGAGAAAGGAGACCUAUCCACGCUGAAGCUGACAAGAGCGACUCUGGGGGAAUGAAACCUGAGCACGGUGCUCUGCCGCGUGAGACCAAGGCAAUAAGAGACCGUUGCGAACAGGUGCUGCACUACCGACACCGGUACACACUGGUCUGGGUCCAAGCAAACGGGAGAGGGACAAGCUGCAGCAGCUGGAGAAACCGUCAACCUUCCCCAGACCAGAUCUUAGCCAGUCGAUCCCCGUACUCUGGUUCUCGGAAAAUCAUGAAUUGGGAUGAAGGGUCCCAACAAUAUCAGAAAGCGAGUCCACCAUACACGUGUGGAAAGCUUAAGGAUGCAGUGAUCGCCAUGGUUCACGUUUGCCCGAACGGUUCCCUGGGGCUGCCCGGGGCUUCGCGGACGUUUUCUCCGCGAUAAUGGUAUUGUUUCCACCCGGCGACGGUGGGAUCCUCAUCGUACAUGACGCCAAGCCUUGACACGGGUCGGUUCUUACCAGUGCUAGAUAUCAGUUCCCUGACCGCACGGCAUUCCGCACCCCCCAGUCCUCCUCCCCGGCAAGACAAGGACCGAAAUCAGGCAGACCCUUGUGUGAAACAGGCGCGUGACGUCAGGACGGGGGAGAUGGCCAGGUACACACGAUGUUGAAGUGAUAACCCCGUGCGGAAUAGAAUUUGAGCCCAACUAUGUUCAUGUCCGGCCUUCUCGGCCGGCGCCUCAGGCCCAUGCCAGGACAUGGCUAGCAAGCUCAGCAAGGUUGGCAAUUCCC